UAGAGGAACAUAUGACUGGUGUGGCUCUCCACUUCCUGUUAAAUAUACAAGACAGAAAAAGGCUCAGAGAAAACCGCGACAUAUCAGUCUUAGUUUUUGAAGAAAGAGUGUGUUGCUUGUUGGAAUAUUAUUUACUGUCACUUCAAGACCCCUUUUCAAGAAAAAUAACGAGAUAGAUCACUGAGCAGACUGUCAAGGAGAAUUCAAACAACAUGGUCCUUGGGGCUUGCAAAAGCCUGUGAGAGAAGUUUAUGGUAGCUCUAAGUGGUUUGAAGUAAAGUGAAGUUGUGGAACACCGAAUUGCACAUUUCCCAACAAGUUUUACUAAACUGUCACAAGACCCCCCCAAUGGAGACCUUAGAGUUUAGAGUCCCCGAGAGAGAGUCUCCAAUGAAAGAGUAUGACCAGAUGCUUGAGGAACGUGCAGAGAAACAUGAAUCCCUUCGAGGUCGCAACAAUCAGACAUCUUGUCGAAGUCCAACACGAGGCAUAGACACAAAGUGGAUGAAGACAGAGAUGCAGCGAAAGAGACAGUUGGAGUUUGACAGAAGACGGUCAGUGAGCCCAGAUCGGACCUGUCCAGAAUCGGGGAAGAAAUCUAAAGGUCAAUCGUCGAUCAAGAAGUGGAAAUCAACCAUGUCUCAGACUUUGCAGGGAAAAGUAUGCAAAAUCUCCACUUCCAAUGGAUGCCCAAUUACAGUGUCAACAAGCGAGAGACUGACCAAUGAGGAUGCUAGCACCAAUGAAUGGGCCUUAUUCUGGAUAGACCAAGCAGAGUCUGGACAUGAGAGACACGCUGCCAAAAAGCCUGAGAACUUUCUAUCCACUCCCAGGCCGAUCAGAGAAGUCCCUGAGCAAACACGAAAGGUUUCCAAGAAGAUGGAUCGGAGUAUUGCAAUGUAUGCCUCCCCUGGAUCCAAGACUGUGCCUAUAGGUCUCAAGGCAGGCAUGGGAGAAUCGAAUCAAACCCAUAAGAUGCAAGAUGCCUGGGUACAGACGGAGUCUGGGUUUGUCACUGUCAAAGAAAAGGAAGUUAUUCAGCUAGCUGAUUACUUACAGGAGGCUCUGUGGAGAGAGGAUACCCUGAAGAAGAAGCUAGGAGUGCUGCAGAAGAAUGCUUCCACCCUGAUACACUCCUCUGACAAACUGUGGACAAUCCGCUGCAAUGAAGACCUGUUGAAAAGCAAGAUCAAAGCUCUGGAGGCACAGUUACAAGUCUGCCUGCAGAAGUACACUCGGGAUGGACUGAAGAAGCAGGUGCUGCAGAUGGAGAAACAGAAUGGUGCGUACGAGGAGAAGGCCCUGGCAGCCAUCCAGAGGGCCACGCAUGACAAGGCCGAAGCCUUCAGCAAGACCGAGACUCUGCAGGAGGGUCUGAGGUCAGCCAAGGCAGAGGCCUCACAAUGGCAGGUCCGGUGUGAUGAGCUGAAGCAGAUCUCAGACCAGUUGAGGAUGAGUCAGGAGGUCAGCGCAGGACAGCUGCAGCAGCUGCAGACCCAACUUGAGAUUGCCAAGUGCAGAGAGGCGGGGCUCCAGGGGGAGGUGGAGGCGCUCCAGCUGGCUGGGGCGGAGCUACGCUCCUGCGUUGCCUACCUGGAGGAAGACAACCAGGCCCUGAGGGAAGAGGUCCAGAUCAUGAGAGAUAGCUGCAUUAAGCUCCAGGACUCUGAAGCACAGGUCAACGAGUCCUCCAGGAAGCCCGAAGAGGAGCACCUGGGAUGGGGGAGCGCUCGGCUGGCAGAGCAGCUCUGUCAGACGCAGGACAAGCUCCAGCUGAAGGAGAAAGAGUGUGAGGAGCUGCUGACAGAGUUGGAGGCUGUGGGCCAAGAGUGUCAGUCAUACCAGGCCCGACUGACGCAGUGCAGGGACGAGCUUAGGCAACUCAGUCAUCACCGCAGCAAAAGGCAGUCCUGUGGCUCCUGGCUGGGAGUCUAUGUCUUCCUGGUCCUGCUGCUGGGCGUGGCAGGGGUUGCCAUGUUGUGGCUGUGGCAUCCCCCCUUCAGGGAGCAAGUUGAGGUCUUGUAUGCAGAUCUAGAACAACGUGUGGAAGACUAUCUAGUGGAGGUUGCAUCCCCACAACACUCACGGUGCCUCAGACCUAUCUGAAAGGGGCAGUUCGAAAGGAAUAACAUUUCUAAUGUUUUUUGUUACAUUUAUUUAUGUGUACAAAUAAAUAUAUUUGUAAAAUACA